CUCGCGUGCGUCCGUAUCCGGGAGCAGCCACUAGGUAACUGUAGGGGCCACUGCGAUCAAUCAACUUGUACAGCCAGGAGCGGAAACCCGAGAGUCAGUUCAACCACUGCCACCUGCGUGCGCCCGCGGAAAGCCGAUUCCCUACUGGCGUCGGACUGCGCACUGGUUUCCCAGGUUACCGGCCUCCGCGCUCCUCCUGCUUUCUUUUCCUGGAGGCGACAAUCUGACGCUCUCAGCGCGUGACGCAGCACGCUUUGGUAUAAAUACAGACGCUCGGUCGUAGCUUCCUCUCUGCUCGCGCGGCCGACUCGCAAGAUGGCGCCGCAGAAAGACAAGAAGCCCAAAAGGUCAACCUGGAAGUUUAAUUUGGACCUCACUCAUCCAGUAGAAGAUGGAAUUUUUGAUUCUGGAAAUUUUGAACAAUUUCUACGGGAGAAGGUUAAAGUCAAUGGCAAAACUGGAAAUCUCGGGAAUGUUGUUCACAUUGAACGCUUCAAGAAUAAAAUCACAGUUGUUUCCGAGAAACAGUUCUCUAAAAGGUAUUUGAAAUACCUUACCAAGAAAUACCUUAAGAAAAACAAUCUUCGUGAUUGGCUUCGAGUGGUUGCAUCUGACAAGGAGACCUAUGAACUUCGUUACUUCCAGAUUAGUCAAGAUGAAGAUGAAUCAGAGUCGGAGGACUAGGCAAAGGCUCCCCUUACAGGGCUUUGCUAUCAGUGAAUAAAAAAUAUUAUACUCUUAAACUUUUA